AUGGUUGAGACUUACUCUUUACUUGAGGAUAAUAUUACCGCUAAAAGCGUCGCUUGGUGUCUAUCAUGUAUUGGUAUCCUAUCCAACUUAUAUGUCAUACUUCAAAGAGCAAAAUUAAGAAAAAUAUCAGUUAGAGUUGGCCCAUAUACCACUCAAGCUCCUGCCAGUAAUACUCAUCAACCUCGAACUGUUAAGAAAACAACCAUUAAAUUAAAUCGUGUCUCCAUUUUUUUAAUUAAAAAUUUAGCCGUCGCCGAUCUAUGUGGCUCACUGUACUUAUUACUGGUUGUAGCAAGUGACGCAUAUUAUGCUACUAAUAAGCCUAAACUCUAUAGCAUGGGCAAUAAUCGUAUGCCCAAUCGAACAAAUUUAUGGUUAAUCAGCCCAGCAUGCUCUGUCGCUAGAAUGUUAUUAGCCGUCAGUAUAACCAUGUCGCACAUUAUAACAUUAUUUAUUGCUAUUGAUCGUUAUAUUACUUUCGUAUUCAUUAAUAGUAGAUACAAAAUCGAUCUUAAUCGUAGUAAAAUAAUCGUUGUUCUAUGUUGGCUCAUUGGUAUAUCCAUUUCACUCAUAAUUACUAUUAGAUCAAGAUUUUUUAUCGACUAUGAUGGUAGUGACAGUUAUAAUAUUUUUGUAAAUUUAUGUUACGUUGGUAGUUUUCAUGAUAUAUUAUUGAAAUCUAUGGUAUUUAUAACGAUUGCUAUCAUGUGCUUGUCAUAUUUAAUCAUGAUCGCUUUAUACCUAGCUAUUGCACACCAUAUACGUAAAACACGAAUGGCUGUUAGACCUGUAGAAUCUGGUUCAUCAGGCGAGAAACGCAUUUUAUUAUUAGUAGUCCUCAUUACGAUGACUAGUUUUAUUGCUUUUCUUCCAUUUACUGUUAUUGUAAUAUUAAUACAAGAUUCAAAUAUGCGAAUUCAUCACGGUAUUAUUCCAAUUUGUUUCUUUUUGGUAUUCGCCAACGCAGCGUUUAAUCCUAUCAUUUAUUCCUUACUAUCCUCACGAUUAUUUCGUCGAUUUUAUAGAAAACUUGGCUGUUGCCAUAGUAAAGGUUUAUCGCAUUCCGAAACUACAACCAUUUCGAAAUCACAAAAUAGUAUUAUUGCUUAA